ACAUAUCAAUGGAGCAAGUCACAGUCGUCGAUGCCAGCUUCUUCUUGAAAUCUUCCCAGAAUGGAAUCCUGACAAUGAUACAGGACACACAAUGGGUGAUCCAUUCAUGUUGCAGCAAUCUACAAACCCAGCACCAGGAAUUCUGGGACCUCCGCCUCCCUCAUUUCAUCUUGGGGGACCAGCAGUUGGACCAAGAGGAAAUCUGGGUGCUGGAAAUGGAAACCUGCAAGGACCAAGACACAUGCAAAAGGGCAGAGUGGAAACUAGCCGAGUUGUUCACAUCAUGGAUUUCCAGCGAGGGAAAAACUUGAGAUAUCAACUAUUACAGCUGGUGGAACCAUUUGGAGUUAUUUCAAAUCAUCUGAUUCUAAAUAAAAUUAAUGAGGCAUUUAUUGAAAUGGCAACCACAGAAGAUGCUCAGGCUGCAGUGGAUUAUUAUACAACACCAGCAUUAGUAUUUGGCAAGCCAGGGAGAGCUCAUUUAUCCCAGAAGUAUAAAAGAAUAAAGAAACCUGAAGGGAAGCCAGACCAGAAGUUUGAUCAAAAACAAGAGCUUGGACGUGUGAUACAUCUCAGCAAUUUACCUCAUUCUGGCUAUUCUGACAGUGCUGUCCUCAAGCUUGCUGAGCCUUAUGGGAAAAUUAAGAAUUAUAUACUGAUGAGGAUGAAAAGUCAGGCCUUUAUUGAGAUGGAGACCAGAGAAGAUGCAAUGGCAAUGGUUGACCACUGUUUGAAAAAGGCCCUUUGGUUUCAAGGGAGAUGUGUAAAAGUUGACCUGUCUGAAAAAUACAAAAAAUUGGUACUCAGGAUUCCCAACAGAGGCAUUGACUUACUGAAAAAAGAUAAGUCCCGGAAAAGAUCUUACUCUCCAGAUGGCAAAGAAUCUCCAAGUGAUAAGAAAUCCAAAACUGAUGGUUCCCAAAAGACUGAAAGUACAACCGAAGGUAAAGAACAAGAAGAGAAAUCAGGAGAAGAUGGUGAAAAAGAUACAAAGGAUGACCAGGCAGAACAAGAACCUAACAUGCUUCUUGAACCUGAAGAUGAGCUACUUGUAGAUGAAGAAGCAGCAGCAGCAGCACUGCCAGAAAGUGGCAGUUCAGUGGGAGAUGAGACAGAUCUUGCUAAUUUAGGGGAUGUGGCAUCUGAUGGGAAAAAGGAACCUUCAGACAAAAUUGUGAAAAAAGAUGCAAAUGCGAGUGCUUCAGCAACUGCGAAGAAAAAGCUUAAAAAGCGUCGUUUCCCAGGGAGUAUGGAAGGUUUUGUCACUCUAGAUGAGGUGGACAAGAUCGAGGAACUUGACCAAGAAAAUGAAGCAGCGUUGGAAAAUGGAAUUAAAAAUGAGGAAAAUACAGAACCAGGUGCUGAAUCUGCUGAGAAUGCUUUUGAUCCCAACAAAGAUACUGAAAACGCAGGUGGCCAAAGUGAUGGAAACAAGGAGGACUAUACAAUCCCAGAUGAGUACAGAACUGGACCAUAUCAGCCCAAUGUUCCUGUUGGUAUAGACUAUGUGAUACCUAGAACAGGGUUUUACUGUAAGCUGUGUUCACUCUUUUACACAAAUGAAGACGUUGCAAAGAAUACUCAUUGCAGCAGCCUUCCUCAUUAUCAGAAAUUAAAGAAAUUUCUGAAUAAAUUGGCAGAAGAACGCAGGCAGAAGAAGGAAGCUUAAGAUGUGCAAGAAGCUUAAUGAUUUCAAAGAAAAUAAUGGUUCUUUGUUUUUAAAUGUUAACCUUUUUUAAAUACAAUAC